UAAAUUGUGCUUUCAGUCUUUAACAAGAACUUCCAAAUGAGUGUAUCACUUCCCUAUUGACGUUUAAAUAUGGAAACUGAUGUAUAUUUGUUUUGUUGCAGUUCUGCUUUGUGAGGAUCAGUAGAAAAGGGAACUGAGUGUGAUGCUGAUUUGUGAUCUGUGAGCACUGUGGCAAUAUCAUGGCCUCGUAUAAAAUGUCCAUCAUCUGGGUUUGUUCUGCCGUUCUACUGAGUGGAUUGGUUCUCACACAGGAUCAAGCGCACUGGUCCACGAGUGAGAUAAGCCACUCUUGUAACUGGACUUGCAUGCUCUUCACACUGCAGUGGCCAGGAAGCUUCUGUCUGAUCAUCGACAAUAAAAACAUUUGCAGGAUACCACAGAAUAUCCAGGAGUGGACCAUCCAUGGCCUUUGGCCUGUGAAGGAUCAUAACUGCUGUCCCUGUUGGCCAAUAUUUCAUUCUCAUCUUCAGGAAUUGGAGCCAGAACUCUCUCAGCUUUGGCCUUCAUUAAUAAAAACAAGGAGCAACUUCACAUUCUGGAAAGAGGAAUGGUUUAAACAUGGAACAUGUGCAGGCUGUGUGGAGAAUAUGGGCUCUCCAUUUCUCUACUUCAAGACAGUUCUCAAGCUCCGGCAGCUCUUCGACGUUGAUAAUGCUUUGGCAAAUGCAGGCAUUAAACCGUCCUGCAAUGUUUCCUACAAGUAUGAUGAACUGCAUGGUGCACUGGAUCCACUGCUUGGAGAUAACUUUGUGUUACAGUGUGUGAAGGAUGACAAGGAAAGAGAGGCAUGGGUGCAGUUAAAGAUCUACGUCUCUAAGAACGUGACUCUUGGAUGCCAGAUGGCAGAGGAACUCGAGAGCAGCAGGGUCACGAACACUUCCUACGGACACCCCUGCCCCACAAACACCACCAUUUUCUACUUCCCUAUAAACCAUGAGCAUCCAAAACAACCAUGCACCUGAACACAGCAUUAGUCAGUGCUUUCUCAGGUACUGACUAAGAGGAUUUCAUGCUAUCCUGAGUAAUCCGCUUAUAACAGUUGCUGCAAAGCCACAAUUUAAGACUGUAAAAGUAAGAAUAGAGCAUGUUCAUGUAGCCACAGUAAAUGGAUCAUGUUGAAAGAAUUUCUAAAGCAUUGCAAAUUGCACAGUUUUUUUUAUUGACAUGGAAUCCAUUUGCCAGAAAGCAAGACAUCAGUGAUGAUCUAUAGCCACUAAAACACUGACUAAUUAAAAAAAAAAAAAAAUGCAAGUCAUUUGAAUUACCUCUUGAUUUAACUCUAUGAUGGGACACAAAACCACAAAUAAUAAUAAUAAUAAAAAAAAUGUCCUGAUGACCGUGA